GCUGCAGCUAGAGGGCUUCACUGCUGCCCAUCCCAGCGCUGUGCCUGGCGUGCUGCUGCACACCCCAGCGCUGUCUGGGGCUUCGCCGCGCCGCUCCCCAGCGCCCCGCCUGCAGCCUCGGUCCCCGCCGGGGCCCGCGCGGAGCCGCAGGGAGCCGCGUCCGGGGCGGGGGCCGCGGCCGUGCCAGGAGCGGAGCUGCUCCCGGCCAGGAUGCUGCCCGCCACCGCGCUACUUCUGCCGCCUGCUCUCCAACUUCGCGGGUGAGCCCUUCUUCAGCACGCAGGACUGCCCUCCCCACUCGCCAUCAGGAUGGAGAGUGUGCACGAGCUCCAGAAUCCCCUCUUGGCCAAGGCCAAUGGGCACCUUCACGGCAGCUAUUCUUACCACCAGCAUCACAGCCAGGACUACCCCAGUCAUCGCUGCCAGGGGAAACUGUACUCCUACAUCUUCCAAAACACUGGUGGUGCCAGGACUCACCAGCUGCUGGAUGCCAGUUCCCUGCAGCUGGCCGUUGAAGCCUUAUAUGGCCCCAAUUUUAUCCUUGUGAAGGAUGAGACCACCCUCAAGGCCAAGGACAGCAAGACAGAAAGCUGUGAGACCACUUUUAUGGAAAGCAAAGAGGCCCCAUCUGAAGGUCCCAGUGGGUGCGACACACAAGGGUCAUGCCUGGUAGAGAGUGACAUCCGCAUCCAAACUGUGUCCUAUGAGGUGGAGGAGGAGGAACUCCAGGAGUAUGAGAGUGACUCCUCCAGUGACAGUGAAAGCGAGGACCAUUUCCUGAUGCUUCCCCCCCGGGACCACCUGGGCCUGGCCCUUUUCUCCAUGCUGUGCUGCUUCUGGCCCCUGGGCAUCGCUGCCUUCUACUUCUCCCAAGGGACCAGUAAGGCUGUCUCCAAAGGAGAUUUCCACCUGGCCAGUUCAGCCUCCCGACGAGCUCUCUUCCUCGCUGCGCUCUCCAUUACCAUUGGCACAGGAGUGUACGUUGGUGUCGUCGUAGCACUGAUUGCUUAUCUCUCCAAAGGGGGCCAUGUAUAGCUGCCACCUACACAUCAAUGCCAUCCCCAGCAGCCAGCCCUCCUGGCAUCAAGCUUUCCUGUGGAGCACAGGAAGCCGGUACUUGCAAGGGCUACUUGCACAGGAGGGCCCAGGCUUGGAUGCCCUGCACAGGCUCUUUCCCCUUUCAGACAAACAGUAGACCGACCCCCAUUCUCCCUGAUAUUGUGGAAUGAUGCCAACCAUCAGCAGGAAAUUCAGCACCAACCUGGGUGCUGGGACCAGGAGGAGCAUGUUUCCCUCAUGGAAGAGGUGCAAGAGUGAUGCGCCACACUGCUGCUGGCUAGGUGCCACCACUCCUACCACCACCAGGGCACCCGUUUCCCCUCCCAGGCCUGCAGCAGAGAAAUCCGCCAGUUAUUUCCCAGGUUUUGCCCAUGAAGGAGGCAUGCAGGGAGAAGAGGGGAUAUGGCACCAGGGAAUCAUCACUGUUUCUUCUGGGAUACCAGGGUCAUGGUGUGGUUUCAGGACUUCUGUGAUGAGGACGACAUUCUCAUUUGAGUGCCAUGGGGAGGUACCUGGCCCUUCAGCUGCAACUUAGCAGGAGGGCACAGCAUGGACAUGAUUAAAGGGCAUGCUGUGGGGUGCCCUCAGCAUCCCCUCUGCAGAGACACUCCAGAUCCAAGCUAGCUGGGGACUGGUCCUGCCAAGAGACUGGUCACCUGCCCCUUCCAGAUAAGGAAUGAGGAGAAACAGAGUUUGGUGGUUGUGCACAGUCACUUGACUUGUUGAAGCUUGUUGAAGGGAAAGACAUCAAGGUUUUUUCAAGAGAUAAUAAUGACAAUCAUGAUAAUUGCAACUCAGAGCCCCACUAAGGUUGGCCUCCCAUGGUGCUUGGCCCUUCAAAAGAUUUGUAGUGGGAAUUUCUGCCCAAGAAGCAACGUAGGAGGGGCAGGGGAGGGAGGCCAGGAGGCAAGCAGAGGGAGUCCUGUCCGGACCUCCCAGGUUUCACCACAGUUCAGGGCUCUGCUGGGCAAAGGCCUGUCUCCCAAGCGCUGCCCCUUGCCUACAGAUUUGAGAAACAUGAGCCCAAUCACCACCACUGCUGAGGAAUCCCUCAGGAGAAAAGGGUCAUUCUGCUGCCACAUCUCCUUCCCCAGAAGCCUGAAGGAUGCCACUCUCGGCGCUAGGUCAGUGGCUUGCACACAGAGAAGGAUGGAAAGGAAAGGCUGAUGUAACAUGGGUGUGUGAGUGCUGUUUGUGAGGGGACAAAAUCCAGAGAGGGGGAAGGCUCGGAAGGAGCACAAUAAGACAUGAGGGUGACCCCCAGGACACACCUCUUUCCACACCAUGGAGAGGGGUACAUCCGUCCAGCCAAACGCCUCUGCUGACGAGGAAACACCACGUACCCACGCUUACAUCUUACUUUUGCUUCUUUGUGUAUUGUCAGCAACACGUCAAGUGCUUCAGAGGUAGAUAUGAGGGCAAUGACUCUGCCCCAGAGAGCUUGCUUUAAAAGGUCAGGCCAGCCCAUCCUCCCUCUCCCUAUGCCAUCCUUCUCCCAGUAUCCCACCUUAUAAUCCCUCGCCAUGGCCAUUUCUCCCCUUGCCCCUUCCUUUUCCCCACAGGUAGCGGGCUAUAGGCAGACUCUGGAUUCCCCUCACCCUCUUCGUGAGGUUUCUGUGCACACUGUAGCCAGCUCUGUAACAGGCGCAGCAUGUUCCUCAAGCUGUGUAUCAUUCAAAUGUACAUUUCAUCCUACAGAAGCAUGUUAAUGUCUGUGAUUUCUGUUGUACUUGAGCCAUAAAAGAGAGAAGCACAUCAGAGACCUGUUUGGAAGCUAUUCUGAAGGUUCCCAUUAUGUUUUAUAACAUGGAAGAGCUAAUAAAAGAGCAGGAAAAAAAAGAAUGUGUUUAUAAUAACAUGGAGCUGGAUAGCAAGGAGGUGAGCUUUGCACGCUGCUCCAGGAGUGCUGAAAACACUUAAACCUGAAGAUGUUUAUGCAGUUCCCUAAGGAAGUUAUAAUCCAGCUGGUGUCUGGGCAACUCAGAGGGAGAUGUACAGCAAUGUAGAUCAUAGCAAGAGGCUAACACCAGGAACAGUAUGGUAAUGUAGGCCUCUUGCUGCGUGUGGAUGGACAAGAAUUACAUAGAGAGAGAGACUGGAGUAUCAUUUAUGUUCAUUCUGCUCUGUGUAUAGUAGAAGCGCAAAAUAAAAUGUGCUUUAAGAGAGCUGGAAAAAUAUGAACACCAGGAAUGAAUAACCAGGCCUUGCUUAUGAUGGUGGCUCAAAUAGAGACUGAGUUCACAGGGAAGGACCAGGAGGUCCAGAAGACAUGAGGUGGCUUGAAGAGGAGAGACUAGGGGCAACUUCAUCCAGCAGUUGAGGGAUGGUUUUCAUUCCGCUCUCCUCCAUAUAAUCAGCCUUCCUGGUUUGUUUGUCCCUGAAAAUAAACCAGCAGGACAGUAAUAACACAGAAUGGGCAAAGAGCUGCCCCAGGAAUUGCAGUGGGCUCAUCACACAGGGAGCAUGGUGGGGUUCAAAAGGGAAGAAUUUUAUCAUAUGUCUGAAUUUCUUAAGCUGCACAAACUAAAAGCAGAGGGAUUGUCAUGCUUUGAGCUGUAAACCCAUCCCUGGGGCCGUAAGCAAACCUCACCUACAGUAAUGCCCAGGUGCCCAGCCACAGUGUGGACAGAGUCCCAGGCAGCCAGGAGCUGUGGGCUGGAGGCUCAGUGCUGGUGGGAACUGGUGCGCUGGGACUGCUUGUGCUGAGGAUCAGAGUCGUGCAUGGGAGAGGUCAGAGCAUGGAUAAAAACCCAGAGGACCGUGUGGUUAAUGAAUAUAGCCUCCUGCAGAGCUGGAUGCAGUUACAGAGCGUGCAAAGGCUGUGUUGGCGGGGGUCAGGGCUUGCGGGAGGGCGCACACCCCACGCUGCAGUCUGCUCCGGGUACCACUUCUCACCCUUGCAGGCA